AUGACACUCAUUUCAUCCUCUUCUAACGAUGAGGGCUUUUCAAAGGCCUAUUUUCAGCGGCUUCAGGAACGCGGACACUCUAGAGGUCCAAUUUUACUCCCAGCUGAUGAACUGAGUCGGGGGUUCUACCGUGACCGACGUCAACAUAAGGUUCCCUUUGGUGCGGCAAAUUCCAGCUCUGAAUGGGGACAGGAGGACUUUCACAACCGCGAAAAAUUAAGGAUUGGGAAGUCGCCUACUGAACGACUGGUUCCAAAACACUGGCUUCAGAAAAUAACAUCUGUUCCAGAAAUACGUAAGUUUGAGUUCACUAAUUCCUAUUUCGACCUAUUCUAUGUCUUAAAAUUUGUAAUCCGCUUCAUAGUUUGA